GGGAGUCUUCACAGCUGACAUUGAAAAGUAGUGAAGCUCGUCUCUUCUUCCGACAUCUAGCAUUCAAUGCUCAUGCGUCUCUUUUCUUCACCCCCACCACCAUUAGAAUUUAGUUCGUUUAAUUCUAUAUAAAAAAUGUUUUCUGCCUCUAGGUGAGAUAGGGGGGCUUCUUUCUCUCCACAUCUUGAUCCCAAACGCCAUGCCAGUUAGGCCAGGAUCCCGAAUUGUUGUGCUUGAAAAUCUAACCAAUGAUGUGAUCGAAAUCAAAGUGGAUAAGGACGGCUAUAUUGACGCUGCUUCAAUCAGCGUUCCAUCCGGCGGAACUAAAGAAUUCCCGGCUGCUAAAUUUUCAAAGGAAUAUAAGAUUUCGCUAACGCCUUUGAUUCUGAAGGUUUAUAAAGGCGAAAAUUGGACAGGCCGGACAUUGAGACCGAGUGAUUUCACCUCCCAUGUGAAAAUCAUCUUUCGCGAUUUACCAGAAGAACGCCUGAGUAUCCGCGGCAUUGAAGUACGGCCCACUGAUUUAGGUCGAUUUAGCUUCUUGGGUUCUCUAGGGAGGGACUACAGUGGGCGGCUGGAGAUAGAGUUAUAGUAUGAACGCAAAGAUGAGGAUAUCAUAGUCUGGUAACUUCUUUUCUUUCCCUUCAAUCUC